UUUUACCCAAAGAAAGGGUACAAAAUUAUAACUCAAAAUCACAUAUAUCCUGGAACAAUUUUACGUUAAAAAAAAUUGGACCUGUGUUCACUUCACCAUGCAGUUAUCAAAAUCAUCUUCAACUCUUUACCAGAAUGAUCCUUUAAAUCAAGAAAUCAGGCUGAUCCAAGACAAGCUAGCUACCGUUGAAAAGUAUUUUCAGCAUUUGGGAUCAACGUUUGCCAUCUCAGCCAAAAUGGCAGCAAGACUUCGCGACCAAACAGACUCUGUUGCAAAGGCAAUGCACGCAUACUCAGUGGCGGAAUUUGAUAACAGCACGCUGAAAAGUGGCUUGAAAAAUCUUGCUAAUGUCUUCAUUCAGAUCGGCACCUAUGGGGAUGAGGAGGCUCAUUUGAUUGAAUCAGCGGUGGUCAAGGAAAUCACAUCCUACGAUGAGGCAUUUAAACCAGUUCGCGAGGAGUUGAAACAGUUGAUUUCGCUCAAGGAUAAACAACUUAUGAGGCGAAAACACCUUGAUCGCAUCAAAGAGAGAGGUUACCGUAAUCGUCAAGAGACCUCAAAUGCCGAGGUUGAACUGGUGAAAGUGACAGGUCAACUGCAGCGGUGCACAGCAUCCACCGAGGAUCUCAUGGAGGGUUUUGAGCUGCGGAAAGUGAGGGAUCUGAAAUCCAUGCUACAGUCAUUUCUCAAAAUUCAAAUGAGGUACCACUCCAAAGCACUCGAGCUCCUCACUAAGGGCUUCCAUAUCGUCUCGAUGAUCGACGAGGAACUAGACGUUCAGGAAUUCAGCUCGGUUCUGCGGGCGGACCCAAACUUUUCGGCGCGUCAUUCAACUGUGAGUAGAUUUCCGAUACCAAAGACGAUCUCCCAGACAAGCUCGAUCAUGAGUCUCGUCAAUGAAUUGGCUAUUGAAUUACCUAGAUCAACAUCUACGUCUCCGCAUUCGGAAGAAAAUUUAAAUCCAGAGGAUGCGACUUUUUCGACAGGAACCGGAGAAAAAUUAUCGGACGAGAGCUUAAACGAGGGCAACAAUGAUGUGGUGCAAGAGGACCGGAUCUCGGAGAAAGGCAAAAGGAAGGAGGAAGAGGAUGGCAGAUCGGAAGAUGGUGGAAAAGAAAGGGUUGCUCUGAGCAUUCCGAUCGCAGCCCCACGUAUCUCACUUGGUCAGUCGGUCUCCGCCAAUCCAUCACCUUCAUCAUCGCCCAGCAUAUCCCCUGUUCGAUAUGCAAGUGCUUCAGAUCCUGGCAGUGGUACAUCGUUUUAAUUUAACCCACCGGGUACACGUUACAGUCCUCUAAAGGUGACUAAUGAACAGGACAAAAAAUGAAAACCAAAAUCAUUAUUCUCGACAAUUUAAAAGGCAUUUUAAUAUGCCUAUAUCAUUCCCUUGUAGAGUCGAGGAGCAUGAUAUCAUAAUGUAAAUUGGCCGACUAUUCAUGAGUGUUACAGUGUUACACCCCGUUUACGGAUUAGGCCAUUCCGCGGAAUGGACACUUUCUUUCCCCAUUUCACGGAAUGACAGGUCGCUAUGUCACGUCGGGAAUCCGCGAGUUGAUAUGUUAAGUUCGCCUUCAAUUUUGAGUGAUGCUGUGCCACGCUCGGGUGCUCGAAUAGUUGCUUCGCGCUUAAGUACGCUGAGUUGGCAUUCAUUUUCAUUGUAUGCGACUUAAGACCAGGGCCGGAUUUACCUACUUGCCGGCCAUGGGCCGGCCGCCUGUAUUUUGUCGCCCCCUUCUCCUCCGUUUUGAAACAUCAAUAAAAACCAUCCAGUGAACGUGCCGAAGAGGACUAGGAGGUGCAUAUAAGACGCGUUUACUCGUGUCGGACACAUUUUUUGCGAAAGCCCUGUCAACACUACUAGCAA